ACUUUGGUUAACAUACGCUAGGAUGAAAACACUGGGAUAUCCUCAGCUUCCACGUGUGAGCCUGCUAAUGGUCCACUUGGCAUUCCCUGGUUGCUUUUCUGAAAAGAAAACAUUGGCCGUUUCCUUCGCGCUUAGCUUUUUUAGGCACGCUCCCUACAAAUUGGAAACCGGUGGCUUUUGGUUGUGUCCCUUGUUUAGAGAGAGAGAGAGAGAGAUUGGAAACCGGUGGCUUUUGGUUCUGUCCCUUGUUUAGAGAGAGAGAGAGAGAGAGAGAGAGGCAUGUCCUUCGCAGCAAUUCAGGAAAAAAGACUUAAGUAAAAAAAAGAUCACUUUUUUUCUUAUUUUGUUGACGUUGUUGUUGUUUCUGCAUACUUUUCAGGAGAUUUUGAAAAGAUAACCCAGAAGGAAAUUCUAACAACCCUUUUUAGAAUUGUAUAUACUUUUGUAUCUGAAUUGGGUUUUCCAGCUGAAUCCGAAUUCUGAGAGAAAAACGUAGAAACCAACACACAGAGAGAGAGGGAGAGAGGGAGAGGUUUGAACUUUAAACACAGAUCGUAGCAUUUGAGGCUGGAUUUUGAUCUGGGUUACCUUUAAAAGGGGGAACAAGAAUUGGGUAUUGAUCAGAGAGGAGGAUAGGGCAGUGGAAAUUGGAAUUUGAGGUGUUUGGUGAAUGGGAAAAUGGAUUUCUGGCCAGAGUUUCUUGCGAGCAGUUGGGGAAGAGAGUUUGUGGCAGGAGGGGUUGGAGGGAUGGCUGGUGUAGUCUCUGGUUAUCCCCUCGACACUCUCCGGGUCUUGCAACAGAGCUCGCCUUCAGGCUCGGCCUUCAGCAUCCUCCGUAAUGUGGUCUGCGCUGAAGGCCCAAUUGCCCUCUACAGAGGCAUGGCUGCUCCCAUGGCAGCUGUCACCUUCCAGAAUGCCAUGGUUUUCCAGGUAUAUGCUAUCCUCUCCCGAACCUGCGAUCCUUCUGUUUCCGCCAAAGACCCUCCUUCAUACAAAGGUGUUGCUCUAGGAGGAUUUGGCACAGGUGCUAUACAGAGCCUAAUACUCAGUCCUGUAGAACUUGUAAAAAUCCGACUUCAACUCCAACGUGAUGCAAAAUCAAAACCCCAUCAGCUGCAAUCUCACAACGGCCCUAUAGAUGUUGCCAAAAGCAUAAUGAGAGCAGAAGGCUUAAGGGGAAUAUAUAGAGGACUUUUUAUUACUGUCCUUAGGGAAGCGCCGUCCUAUGGCUUAUACUUCUGGACUUAUGAGUAUAUAAGAGAGAAGCUUCACCCAGGCUGCAGAAAGACCGGCGAAGAGAGCUUGCAAACAAUGCUGGUGGCAGGAGGGCUAGCGGGAAUUGCCAGCUGGAUUUGUUGUUAUCCCUUAGAUGUUGUGAAAACGAGAUUGCAGGCUCAAGAUCCAUCUCAGUACCUUCCACCCAGAUAUUCCGGCAUUGCUGAUUGCUUUCGGAAGAGUGUGAGAGAUGAUGGUUAUGGGGUGCUAUGGCGAGGAUUAGGAACUGCGGUUUCUAGAGCAUUUCUGGUGAAUGGGGCAAUUUUUGCUACUUAUGAGAUUGCUCUGAGGUGCCUAUUCAGCAACAGCAGUAGAGCCAUUCAGACAGAGAAGAUACAAUCUAGCUAGGGAAGAUUUAUGCCCAACACAAACAUUUAAACAAGACAAGAAAUUUGUAUGAUAGACCAUUAUUCUUGCUGUAUUCUAAAUUUUUCAAAGAAAAUAAAUACCAAAUAUGAAAUGUAGUGAAAAUAGUCGAAUACAAAUUAUAUGAUAUAUUGAAAGCAAACAAUACAACAAAGUAAAUUCUCAUCGGAAUGUGAAUCGGUA